AUGUGCCGAGCUGAAGCGCAUCAACUCUACUCCAAGAAACCUAUAUUUGAUGCUCUUGGAGUUCAACUGUUUGCAGUUCUUCAUGAGCACAUAGACUCAGAGAUAAAAGAUUUCUGGCCGCGAUACUGGGGUGGUGUUGUGCUCUAUGACAGGGGGCAGGAGUUCUUCAAGGCUCUUGGUGGAGGGAAGUUGCUCAAAGACAAGUUCAUAUCUGGUUUCCUACUCAAUCCUAGAGCGAUCGCAAACUACAGGAGAGCAAAGGCUUCUGGCAUGCAAAAUAAUUUCAAGGGUGAAGGUGAGAUCAAGGGUGGACUCUUCAUAGUAGGCAAAGGUAAAAGUGGAAUCGCUUACCAGUUCAUCGAGAGAAACUUUGGUGACUGGGCACCACUUCCUGAAGUCAUAGACAUCUGCACUCGUAUUCAGAGCAACCAGUUAGACUCAACGAAAACAUUGAAAGAAGAAUCAAAAGAAUGAAGUGAACACACCAGAGUACAUCUCGUAUCAGCUUCCAC